AUGAAACUACAUCUUGCUGGAGUGAAAGGAGAUAUUGGUCCAUGUAAAUCGGUUCCACCUGAUGUCAGAUUUCGCAUGAAAAAUUCUUUGCAAGAGUUUGUGAAUGCUAAGAAAGCAACCAAAGAAGUAGAUGAAUAUAGAAAUCCUUAUGGUCCUAAUGUGUCACAAUUUGAAGGGGAUAUGGCAGAAGGUGAAGAAGAGGUUCAAGAAAUGCAAAGUUCUAUGGCAGCUAGUAGUGGAAAAAGGAAAAAAUCAACAGUGGAUAAGUAUUUUGCACCAAGAAAUACACAAGGAGCUCAACCUUCCAUGAGGAGUGUGCUAGCUGGGAAAGAAGCUACUUGGAGAGCGAAUAUGGCGAUUGGGAGAUUCUUUUAUGAUGCAUGCAUUCCUACUAAUGCUGUGAAUUCCUUCUACUUCAAGCCAAUGUUGGAUGCUAUAUCUACAAUUGGUCCUGGAUACAAGGGUCCAAAUUACUAUCAGUUGCGGAUUAAUCUUUUAAAGAAUGCUAAAAAGGAAGUUCAAUUACUUGUGGACUCUUAUCGUGCAAUUUGGGCAAAAGUUGGGUGUACAAUAAUGGGUGGUGGUUGGACAGAUAACAGACAAAGAACACUCAUCAACUUCCUUGUGUAUUGUCCUGAAGGAAUAUCGUUUGUGAAAUCUGUUGAUGCUUCGGACAUUGUCAAGGAUGCAACUAAUUUGUUUCAGUUAUUUGAUGAGGUGAUUGAAUGGGUGGGUCCACUCAAUGUAGUUCAUGUAGUGACUGAUAAUGCAGCAAAUUAUGUGGUUGCGGGGAGAUUGAUUUCUCAGAAGCAUAAACACAUUAAUUGGUCACCUUGUGCAGCUCAUUGUCUUAAUUUGAUCUUUAAGGAUAUUGGUAAGAUAGACCAUGUUGCUGAACUUGUAAGACGUGCAUCAAAGGUGACAAUUUUUGUGUAUAAUCAUGUUGCUUUGUUAAGUUGGUUGAGAAAAAGGGAAGGAUGGACAGAGAUUCUGCAACCUGAUGCAACUCGCUUUGCUACUACUUUCAUUGCACUCAAGAGUCUUCAUGAUCAUAAACAUGACUUGCAAGCUUUGGUGACUAGUAAGUUCUUUGUGGACUCUAGAUAUUCAAAGGAUUAUAAAAGCCAAGUUGCAGUUUCCAUCGUCUUGGAUAAUAGAUUUUGGAAUGAUUGUUUGAUUGUUGUGAAUCUUAUGUCUCCACUAAUGCGUUUAUUGCGUAUUAUUGAUUGUGAUGAGAGGCCUUCGAUGGGAUAUGUGUAUGAAGGCAUGUAUAGGGAAAACUUUUGUAAUAAGCCAAAUGUUAUUGGAGGUGUUAUGGAUGUUAUUGAUCAAAAAGUUCUGAAAGGCAAGAUUGAAACAAUGAAUGAAAUGAGGUUAUUUCGUGAUCGAUUGGGAAGUUUUAGAAGAGACCUUGCUUAUUCUUCACGUGAAAUGGAUGGUGGAGGCUACAUGGAUACAGUGCACCACAUUUACAAAAGUUAG